AUGCAGCCUUUCAGUUUUGGCAUGAGGCAGUCCUCGGCGGAGAGCGUCGACGACAAUCGCAGUCGCUAUGUUCCCAGUUCUGUCUACAGCGGUCCUGGCCCGAUCGAUGAUUCUCCAGCCAUUGGCCCGCCGAGUUCCUUCAUGAUGGGCGCGUUGCGCGGCUCAUUGGAAGAGCAGCAAACUCCUCGUUUCGCACCGCUCAGCCGAAACCCGCCUCGAAAUUCGACCGUUCUAAACAUCAAUGACCCCGUGGCAAUGCAUCUUCUGACCGAGACCGCAAUUACCGACAGCCGAGAAUUCGAGGUUCUAUCAUUCGAAGAGGUGGAACAGCUGAAAAGGGAGAAGAACGUCCUGAAGAACAAAAUUGACACAACGAGAAGGAAACUGGCUCUGGAAAGCAAGCUGCGCGAUGCAGCUCAAUCACUGAACCGAUUAUAUUCUACCCGCGACAAAGCCAUUGCAGCCGGUCAUUCACCAAAACGGUCGCGGCGAAGUUUCAUGGGGAGCCAACCGAGCGCAGGUGAAGAUGUCGUCACCCGCGCAGAUGAUGAAUACGCCGCUAGCAGCAGGAAGGUCCAGGAAUUCACCCAGGAGCUCUCAGAACUGGAACGGAGACUGGACUACACGGAAAGACGGCUUUUGCAGCACGCAGCCGGGAUCCUUCAGAUGACACACAAAGGCUUGAAGAAAAAUCUGCGAAGGACAGAGUUGCCCCGGAGUCCGGAAAGUAUGGCCAGCCAACCGAACGAUCAUAACUCUGGGAUGGGCGGAAUCGAUGACUUCGACGAACGGAGCUUGUACCAGGUUCCAGACUAUGUGACAAACUUUGGACAAAUACCAUCGAAGAUGAACAAGGACAGGGCCGGAGAUAGCGAAACCAAGGCCAUCGACAACGUCGCACGGCGCCUGCAGGAGCUCAAUGAACGACUACAUUCGAUGAUUGCUCAAGCCGAUUCACAUGAACAUUUUGACCCGCCACCUCAGCCAACCGAUGAGCAUAUGAUGGGCCCCAUUAGCGCCCAGAUCCAAGCCUACCUAGUCUACCUGUCCCAGGGUUUGGACGUGAUGGAAGCUGCACAGGCCCGAGGCCACGGCUCAGUCCAGAAAUCGAUAUUUGACUCGGAAGAACAGCUGGGGGAUGUCAACAACCGACUGCAAGACAUGCUGGAGAAGACAAACUCGGCCGGUCACAGCCCUCUAUUGCAACAGGACGAGCCUAGGGGGAAAGAUCUACAAUCUCAACUAGCAUUCUCUGUGACUGUCCUCGAUCGUUUAAACCAACGGGUUGAUACUCUUGUUGAGCAAAAGGAUAUUCUGACCAGACAGAUCCAACAACAACGAGAACUCAACACUAAAUCGGAUGCCGAGCGUGAUACCAAAAUCCGAGAGUUGACGGACCAGCUAGAAGAAGCCAAACGAAUCCAGGCCGUGGGCGAAGAAGAGACUCAGCAUGCUCAAAACCAAAUCCACCUUUUAGUGGAGCAGUUAGACCUGGCCAAACAGGAGAAUGUCCUUUUCGAACAGCAGCGCGGCGUCAGUGACACGAAGGCCGUUGAGCUAGAGCGAUCAGCACGCAAAGAAAUGGAAGACAAGUUGAUGGCCGAUUUGCAGGCUAAACAAGAAGAGCUGGUGCUGCUACAAUCAGAACUCAGUCAAUUGCGACUCGACUCGGAGUCGAAGACCGAGCAAGUCCUCAUUGAGUUACAAGAGGUGAGAGCAGCGAAAGAACGGACAGAGGCAGAGCUUGAGAGCCAUCGUACAGAAUUGGCCCAAGUUGCAACCAAGUCUGCAGAACUGGAGACCGGGCGGGAUGAAAACAGCAACAAUCUUCGCAGGCAGAUCAACGACCUGAGUGCCGCCAAGGCCGACGCAGAAGCCGAACUAUCGAAAGUCCGAGAAGAGAUGAAAGGAUUGGAAUCGGAAGUCGUUCGGGCCCAGACCGAACUCACUCUGGUGAAGGCGGAAUUGGACGGUGCUUAUGGCACACGCGCCCAGCGAGCAGCAGAUGUUUCGAUGAAUCCUGCCAUUCAAAAAGUGAUCGAUGACCUGAACUCGCGGAACAAGGAGCUCGAAAGUCAGCUGGAUUUUCUACAAACUCAACACGAAACGAAAGGUGCAGGCAGCGCCGAGUUGCAAAACAAAGUCAAUGCGCUGCAGAAGGAGUUGAAAGAUACCAUUGAAGACUACGAAAUAAUGACAAAGCAAAGUAUCGAUGACGAGAAAGAGCGGGAACGGUUGGAAGAAUCCGUCGAUGGCCUUCAACAACGGUGUGAAAUGCUCGAGUCACAAUUGAAUGAAGAGAAGGUCAAAUGGCUGGGUGCGAAAGCCGGAUUGCCCAAUGAAACCACCUCCACAAUGGUCUUGAAGAACGAGUUCAAGAAGAUGAUGCGUGAAACAAGGACAGAAAACCUCCGGGCCAUCAAGGCUGAACAAGAAGAACGACGGCGUCUGGAGGGCAUCAUCAAGGGCUUGAAAAAAGACCUACAGCAAACUCGUGCCACCAAGGACACCUCGACACCUCAACCGGGCCUUUAA